GUACAGGCUGGUGUUUUCUUAACCCUUUGCAGUGCGCUGCUUGAAGGUGAAACUCUCCUGCUUUGUUUUGUCUUAGAGGCUAAAAUGUCCCCCGGCAGACUGUUAACCGUGCAGGCUCGGACGUGUAGGCGCCUGGCUCACAGUUACUUUGCCAGAACCUACACAUCACGGCCUUCGCUUAAUGAAGUCGUCAUCGUCAGCGCGGUGCGAACUCCAAUGGGCUCCUUCAGAGGCAGCCUGGCAGCAGUUCCUGCCACCAAACUGGGCUCUGUUGCUAUUAAAGGAGCCAUAGAGAAAGCAGGAAUUUCUCCUGAAGAGGUGAAGGAAGUUUACAUGGGCAACGUGCUUCAGGCGGCGGAGGGUCAGGCUCCCACACGACAGGCCCUGCUGGGGGCAGGUUUGACAAUUGGUACACCGGCAACAACCAUCAACAAAGUGUGUGCUUCUGGGAUGAAGUCCAUCAUGUUGGCGGCACAGAGUCUAAUGUGUGGACAUCAGGAUGUUAUGGUGGCAGGAGGCAUGGAGAGCAUGUCCAACGUGCCGUACGUCAUGGCCAGAGAGACACCACCCUACGGAGGCGUGAGGAUGGAGGACCUCAUUGUCAAGGACGGCCUCACAGACGUCUACAACAAGUUCCACAUGGGCAACUGUGCAGAGAACACGGCGAAGCAGUGCAAGAUCAGCAGAGAGGAGCAGGACGCCUACGCCAUCAGCUCCUACAGCCGCAGCAAAGCAGCGCACGAGUCCGGCGUGCUGGCCAAGGAGAUCGUCCCAGUCAGCAUUCCACAGAGAGGGAAACCAGACGUGCUGGUGUCCGAGGACGAGGAGUGGAGGAGGGUGGACUUCAGCAAAGUGCCCAAACUGAAGGCAGUCUUCCAGAAAGAGAACGGCACGGUGACGGCAGCUAACGCCAGCACACUGAACGACGGAGCAGCCGCUCUCGUUCUGAUGACGGCAGACGCCGCAAAGAGACUCAAUGUCACGCCCCUGGCCAGGAUCGUCUCUUUCGCUGAUGCGGCUGUCGCACCCAUUGACUUCCCCAUCGCUCCGGCGUACGCUGUCCCAAAGGUUCUGGACGCAGCUGGCCUGAAGAAGGAGGACAUCGCCAUGUGGGAGAUCAACGAAGCCUUCAGCGUGGUCGUGCUGGCCAACAUCAAAAUGCUCGACAUCGACCCGGCAAAAGUCAACGUCAACGGAGGAGCUGUGUCUUUGGGACACCCAAUUGGGAUGUCUGGGGCGAGGAUCGUGGGUCACAUGGUGCACAACCUGAAGUCUGGUCAGUACGGACUCGCAGGAAUCUGCAACGGAGGAGGCGGAGCGUCUUCCAUCCUCAUCCAGAAGUUGUAGGAAAACAAGCUGAGCGUUUUUCCUGCUUUUACAUCGUGUGGUUGCCGGUUGCUCCAAGUGGUUAGGACAUCAAUGUGACUGUAAAGAGUCCAUUUGUUACAACUUUAGUUCCAGGGGCCUUAAUCAAACAAAACGUAACACUCUGAUAUUGUCAUGACUCCAACGUUCCAAACACUCCCUUGUUUGAUGGAAUGUCUUGUCAAAAUCACAUAUUAAUAUUUAAGCUGUGAAAGGAUGUGAUUAAAUAGUUUUUCAAAGUGCUGUGUGGUUAUUGACUGCAGUGCUGGUUUAACCUUCAAGAAGAAACUUAAAGGUACUCAUGAUGUAAUUCAUAAGCCUGCCACUAGAGGCUGCAGUGAGUUUUUUUUUUUUACACGUUUCAGCUAAUUAUGUGCCAGAGACGAAGCAGUUUGGAUGGAACAUAAAACGAGAAGAUGUGAUCAAAUUGGUUCUCAACAGAAAAGAGGAAUGAAAAUGUAAGGUUGUUUUUAAAAGUUUUUUUUAUUUGCAAGCUCAAAUAUGUAAGUAUAAACUGUUGUACCAACCUGAUUCCAUUACAUAAGUAACUUGCCUUCCUGUGAGAAAGUAUUAAGUUGAAUUGUUUGACAUCUGGGUCCAUUUGUGAUGUAUGGAGUCAGUAACAAAACCAAAGAAUAAAUCCUCCUAGAACAGAAGUAACAAACUACCUAGAAAUGAGUCUAAAGUACAAUAUUUCCCCUUGAAAUGUAGUGGAAUGAAAAUCAUAAGUUGCCUGAAAAAUAAACGGUCAAAUUAAAGAUACUCAACAAAAGUGUAAUUAAGUACAGUAUUCAAGUAAAUACUGUCCACCGCUUGGUUUCACACAGUCAUGACUUUCUUUGCUUGUUACAGUCAAGUUUAUUUGUGUAGCACAUUUCAUCAGCAUGACAACUUAUUGCUUGCUUCAUAAGUUGUCACUUAUGAAGCAAGCAAUAAGCGUUGCACUUUGUUAAAUGCCACUAGACUCAUCAAGCAAAUGCACAUCAAACAUGUUCAUCAGUGUUCCACCUACUCCUAAUGAAAGGCAACUCUAAACAGGUGGAUUUUGGGCCUUGAUGUAAAGGCACUCGGUGGUUUGGUUGUUUUUCAGUUCUCUGGAAGUUUGUUCCAGAUCUGUGCUGCAUAGCAGCUGAAUUCUGCUUCUCCAUGUUUGGUUCUGGUUCUGUGGAUGCAGAGUAGACUAGAACCAGAAGGCCUGAGUAGUCUGGAAGGUUGAUACAACAAAUCCUUUAUGUAUUUGGUGCUAAGCUGUUUGGUGGUUAUAAACUAAUAGAAGUAUUAUUUAAGUUUUAUUAAGACAGGAAGGCUGGUAACAAACAUCAACAAGCCGUUUAUAAAAGUAUUUUAAAGUCUUCUCUGAGCUACAGUGUAAUGAUUUUAAAACUGGGAUGAUGCUCUCUGUUAUCUUCUUGGUUUUAGUGAGAACGCGAGCAGCAGCUGUUCAUAUAUGACCAUAAACAUUAUUUGACCAUGUUUGGUUGGUUAUGGAGCUGAUUAUUUUUGCUGUUCUGUCAUUUGUUGAAAUUGUACUUUUAAGAGUUUUUUUUAUUAUUAUUUACUGAUCGAUUCUUAUCUGCUUUCAUUCUGUAUCUCUUAUUAUGGAUUUUAUCUCCUGCAAACUGUUCUGCUUCUAGAAAGUUCUUUAUAAAUGAAGUUAUUAUUAAUGAAUGACCAAAUUAAUUGAACUUCAUGAAUCCUUUUGAUCGAUGACACAGUUGCAUAGUUUGCCAAUUUUCAUUGGCUCGAAUCGAAUUGGAUCGAAUUUGAAGUUUGUUGUUGUACUGUAAUAACAUUUAAGAGUUCAAGAGGUAUGAAUACUUUAGCAAACCAUUGUUUUAAUGAAUAAAACUGUCUCAUGUUAAUAAUCAG